AUGGCUGACAGGGACAGAGAAUGGGAAAUCCAUCUUCGAUCGUUAUCCUCUGCCACCAUGGACGCCCCCGACCCCGCCUCCGAUUCCUCCCUCCUCAACUCCGUCGCGCGCCUCCACGCAGAGACGACGAGAAUCAUUCGCCUACGAUCGACGACGGAGAUGGUGAUGGUGUUGUCGUUGACGGUGGUGGUUUGCGCUGGCCGUGUUGAGGUCCAUGUUGAGCUCCUCAAACCUGGCUCAGGUGAUUGUGGAGUAGAAGUCAACACCUUUGUAGAGAGAGUCAAUCUCGAUGGUGGUCUGGGCAGUGGACGAGAGAGUCCUCUUUGCACGCUCACAAGCGGUCCGAAGAGCACGAGUACUGCCAGUGAUAUCCUUGUUGUGCUUAUGCUUGAAUUCUUGAUAAAAUGGUUUAUCGAAAUCUUCACCACCGAGAUGGGUGUCACCAGCAGUGGCCUUAACCUAAAAAAUUCCCAUCCUCAAUGGUCAAGAGAGAGGGAGACAUCAAAAGUGCCGCCUCCAAGAUCGAAAAUCAAGACAAGACGACAUUCUUUUCGCCAACGCUCGUUGCUUUCUUGUCGAGACGGUAGGCAAUGGCUGCAGCUCAAACUGUUUGUCCUCACCCUUGUAGUUAACAACUAUCGUGGGCUUGUCACCGGGACCAGAGAUGACCUUGAAUGGCCAGAGAUGACAUACGAAGGCGUGGUUGCCCUGUUCAUUGGCGAUGAUCUCGACACGAUCGUGCUGCCACACGCAUGA